UAGGUAGUGAAGAAGGAAUUGAUGAAGGAAAUGAAGGAUCAAAAAAUAGGUGAAGGAGGAAGUGAAGGAGAAGAUGAUGGAGCUAGUGAUUGUGGAAGUGACAGGAAAUGAAGGAGGGGUGAAGGAGAAAGUUCUCAUGAUGACACCGGAGGAGCGUUUCCGGGUAUCAGGUCGAUGUGACUCUCCUUGUCUCUGUCACUGAAGAAACAUGAGUCGAGAACUCGAACUGGGCUGCAGGGCGCGAGUGCGCGCGCUCUCUCCGUAAAGGAAGACUGCGCGGGUGCGCGGAGGGGCGGCAGGGUCGCGCGCGUCACGUGCUGCAGUAGAUACACGAUGAUAAGGGCAGGUGCACGCGCGCCGCUUAACUGAUCGCGUACGCGUUAAAACCUUAUUUAGCCAAUUCACCGGUGUACCGGGCCCGCGCUCACUCCGGGGUUUUUUUUCUAGCAGAAAGUGAACGAGAGCGCCCCCACCCUCGUUCCUCCUUCACGGUCACCCCCUCCCCCUCUCUCUACCGGAGAGGACCGAGAGGAAAAGAGGAGUCACCGGGCGCUGGAGGAGGACAGAGCCGAGCUGAGCAGAACGACGCACGGCGGAGAGAAUCAUGUGCACAUCACCGCGCGCGGCUCGCGGGAGCACAAGACGCUCUGUGCGGCCGGAACCAGUGCCGUCGUCCUUCUGCCGCUGACGCGCCUUCCGUUUCUCUUGAUGGGAUUUUAUAAGAGCGGAGCGCCUGAAGGAGGACACCUUCUCCGUGAAGACACCGAGCGAACGAUCGAUUAUUGAGAUCCGUUUUGUUUUGUGUGUUUUGUGAAACACUGUGAUUUGUGAAUAAAUUCCAGAUUGUAGUGUUUGUGACGGGACUGCGUGCGGGUGAGAAGAGCGCCAGGAUGAGCAUCACUCCACUCUACCGAAUAUUGCGGAUGUUUCGAAAUAAAUAAAUAAAUAGACAGAAUUCUUCCAUUUUCACUUUAAAAGAAGAAGAAGACGGAGCGCGUGAGAUUUCUUUUUUAAUGCCGGGUUGGAAAAAAAAAAGAAUUGUUUUUCUAUCAGUUCGUUUUCUUCAUUUUUAGAAUGAUCUGAAGCGUUUUUGGCCUUUACAGCGCGCGCGCUGAGGAAGAGACCGUGUCCGUGUCCGUGUAACGGAGGGGCAGUUUUUUUUCUAGAAUACAUUAAGAUGGAGCCACAGGAAAGAUGAAAGCCUCAGCUGAUUAUGUGAGGUGAAGAUCUGAGCGGUGAUGCUGGAUGUAAAAAUGAGGUGAUGAAGAGCAGCAGAUUGCAGUGAGAAGAUUGAUGCUGCUCUCUGUCCUUUUUUACUUUAACUAGAAGAACAUCAGCGCGUGACUUCUUUUCUUUUCUUUUUUAUUUACGUUUACACCUGAGACACACGCACGCGCGCGCGCGUACUUUCUCUCUUUCUCUCUCUCUCUCUCUCUCUCUCUCUCUCACUCUCUCUCUCACGCACACACACACACACACGUAAAUCUCCGCGCGCUCCGCUCCGGUACGUGAUGCGUGGGAUGUAAUGUGGUGUGGUGGUCGCGCGGAACAUUCUUCACCCCCUUCUUCCCUCCCGCUCCGUGAAGAAGACUGGCGUUCGGCGCGUGCAGAAUGGCGCGGUUCACAGACGAGGCGCCGGCCCGGUACGGCGGAGGUGGAGGUGGCAGUGCGGUGGCGCAUGCGCAUGCGCACGGGCAGAGCGGCGCGGCGCGCGGAGCCAGCAGGCAGGGCGGCCCACCAGGAGCGCAGCGCGUGUAUAAGCAGUCCAUGGCCCAGCGCGCGCGCACCAUGGCCCUGUACAACCCCAUCCCGGUGCGACAGAACUGUCUCACCGUCAACCGCUCCCUAUUCAUCUUCAGCGAAGACAACUUCGUGAGAAAAUACGCCAAAAAGAUCACCGAGUGGCCUCCAUUUGAGUACAUGAUUCUGGCCACCAUCAUCGCCAACUGCAUCGUUCUGGCACUGGAGCAACAUCUCCCUGAUGGAGACAAGACACCCAUGUCCGAGCGCCUGGAUGACACAGAACCUUAUUUCAUUGGCAUCUUCUGCUUUGAGUCUGGCAUUAAGAUUCUGGCUCUGGGCUUCGCCUUCCAUAAAGGCUCCUACCUCCGAAAUGGCUGGAAUGUCAUGGAUUUUGUGGUGGUGCUGACUGGAAUCCUCUCCACUGUUGGCUCAGACUUUGACCUGAGAACGUUGCGAGCCGUCCGAGUGCUGAGACCCUUAAAGCUGGUGUCUGGAAUUCCCAGCCUGCAGGUGGUGCUCAAAUCCAUCAUGAAGGCCAUGAUCCCCCUGCUGCAGAUUGGCCUGCUGCUUUUCUUCGCCAUCCUCAUGUUUGCCAUCAUCGGCCUUGAGUUCUACAUCGGCAAAUUUCACACCACCUGCUUUGAUGACAUCACUGAGGAAAUUCGGGAAGAGUUUCCAUGUGGAACUGAACUCCCCUCACGUCUCUGUCCAAAUGGAACAACCUGUAAGAAAUACUGGCUUGGACCAAACUAUGGAAUCACGCAGUUCGACAACAUCCUGUUUGCUGUUCUUACCGUGUUCCAGUGCAUCACUAUGGAAGGCUGGACAGAUCUUCUGUACUAUAGUAAUGACGCCUCAGGAAGUGCUUGGAACUGGAUGUACUUUGUUCCCCUCAUCAUCAUCGGCUCCUUUUUCAUGCUGAACCUGGUACUAGUGCUGUCUGGUGAGUUUGCUAAAGAACGAGAGCGGGUGGAGAAUCGUAGUGAGUUCCUGAAGCUGAGGCGACAGCAACAGAUUGAGAGAGAACUGAACGGAUAUCUGGAAUGGAUCUGCAAAGCAGAAGAAGUGAUUCUGGCUGAUGAGGACAAUGAUGGUGAUGAUCGGAUGCCCUUUGAUGGAUCACGGAGAAGACCAACGCUGAAGAAAACCAAGAAUGACCUGCUAAACCCGGACGAGGGAGACGGAGACCUGGCCUUAGGGUCUCCGUUUGCUCGUGCAAGCCUGAAGAGCUCCAAGCUUGAAGGAUCUUCUUUCCGGAAGAAGGAGAGGAGGCUACGCUUCUUUAUUCGACAUGUUGUGAAAACACAGGCUUUCUACUGGACUGUUCUGUGUUUGGUUGGUCUGAACACACUGUGUGUGGCUGUGGUUCACUACGACCAACCUGAGAUUCUGUCUGACUUUUUAUACUUUGCAGAGUUUAUAUUUUUGGGGAUUUUCAUGUCGGAGAUGUGUAUUAAGAUGUAUGGACUCGGAACACGGCCGUAUUUUCACUCUUCUUUUAACUGCUUCGACUGCAUUGUCAUUUGUGGCAAUUUUGAGGUGCUCUGGGCGAUGAUUCAGCCCGGGACAUCUUUUGGGAUUAGUGUUUUACGAGCUCUCAGGUUACUAAGAAUCUUCAAAGUGACCAAGUACUGGGCCUCCUUGAGGAACCUGGUGGUGUCUCUGCUGAACUCCAUGAAGUCCAUCAUCAGCUUGCUCUUCUUGCUGUUCCUCUUCAUUGUGGUCUUUGCUCUCCUGGGCAUGCAGCUGUUUGGAGGACAGUUUAAUUUUGAAACAGGAACACCACCCACGAACUUCGACACGUUUCCUGCAGCAAUAAUGACUGUGUUUCAGAUUCUGACUGGUGAAGACUGGAACAUGGUGAUGUAUGAUGGCAUCGAGUCUCAGGGAGGAGUCAACAAGGGCAUGGUGUUCUCCAUCUUCUUCAUUGUUCUCACGCUCUUCGGCAACUAUACACUACUGAAUGUGUUCUUGGCCAUCGCUGUAGACAAUCUUGCCAACGCACAAGAGCUGACCAAGGAUGAGCAGGAGGAAGAGGAAGCAGCCAAUCAGAAAAUGGCUCUUCAGAAGGCAAAGGAAGUGGCAGAAGUCAGUCCGCUGUCUGCCACUAACCUAUCCAUUGCAGCGGUGACAGCUCACUCUGAGCGUCUCAGCACCUCUGAACCCUUUCUUCAGCGUAAGGAGCAGCAGAAGAACCACAAAGGUUCUAAGUCUGUGUGGGAGCAGCGAACCAGCGAGCUCCGGAGGCAGACACUGAUGACCAGCAGGGAGGCACUGUACAAUGAGCUGGACCCGGAGGAUCGCUGGAAGGUAUCAUACUCCCGUCACAUCCGCCCUGAUAUGAAAACUCACCUGGACCGUCCUCUUGUGGUGGACCCUCAAGAAAACCGAAACAACAACACUAACAAAAACUGGCCAGGAGAGGAGCUUCUACACAAACGGCCUCCAUUCCAUUCUGCAGUCAGAGGUGGGGGAAGAAGAGGAGGAAAUGCUUCAGCACAGACUUUGGAGAGAGGAGAAUCUACAGAGUCUCACAAUAGCUGCAGGAAAGUUGAGAACCCAAACAAUGCUGGAACAGAAGGCACUGAGGUGGGCAUGAAGGAUCCUUACCGGAAGAGAGAACAUCGUGGGCAGAGGACUGGACGCUCUUGUCAACACCGAAAGGCUCUGGAUGAAGAAGCUGAGACUGGUGGAGGAGGCAGGAGGCACCGAAACAAGGGCAUGGAGGGAUCAGGGGAAGGUGAACAAGCAGACGGAAAUGAGCGAAGGCAGAGGUGUCACCGACAUGGAGAGAAAGAAGGGAGACGGGAAAGAGGAGAACCGGGGGAGAGAGGUCGACACCGCAGGAAGGAAGGUCCCACUCUGUCCACCACUCGUCCCAUUCAGAAGACUUUGUCUAGACAGGGUAGUCAGUACAGUGAGGACUUGGACAAUGUGAUGAACAGUAAACUUGCUACUCAGCCUCUCGUUCCUGCUGACCUUUACAGCCCAAGCAGCCGCUCUACACCCCACUCCAGCCUCCUCAGCCUGGUCAGCAGCACCCAUGGCUCUCGUCUGGCUCCCAUGGCUACAGAGAGCAGCAUCAUUCUCACUAACCCAGGCUCCACCACUAUUAACCUCAUUCAUCUGGACACCAAGAUGGACUACACAGCCAUAGACAUUCCACCCAUGUUCCCUUCUGCCAAUGCGAUUCUGCAGGUCAAUAAAAAUGCUAACACAGAACCGCUGCCCAAAAAGGAGGAUAUGAAAGGUGAUGAUGAUGAUGAUGACAAAGAUGAUGGAGGACCAAAACCUAUGCCUCCUUACAGCUCUAUGUUUAUCCUGUCCACUACUAACCCAUUUCGUAGGUUGUGUCACUAUAUUGUGACCCUGAGGUACUUUGAGAUGUGCAUUCUGUUGGUCAUUGCCAUGAGCAGUAUUGCUCUUGCUGCUGAAGACCCCGUGUGGCCCGAGUCCCCCCGGAACAACGUUCUGCGUUAUUUUGACUACGUCUUCACGGGAGUGUUCACCUUCGAGAUGCUGAUAAAAAUGGUGGAUCUUGGUUUGGUGCUUCAUCAGGGUUCAUACUUCCGUGACCUGUGGAAUAUUCUGGACUUUAUAGUGGUCAGUGGUGCCCUGGUAGCUUUUGCCUUCACCGGAGGAGGUGAUGGAGAAGGAGACGGUGGCGGCAGUGGAGGAAGCAGUAAAGGGAAGGACAUCAGCACCAUCAAGUCCCUGCGUGUGUUAAGAGUCUUAAGGCCACUGAAAACCAUCAAACGCUUACCCAAGCUCAAGGCUGUGUUUGACUGUGUGGUGAACUCACUGAAGAAUGUGCUGAACAUCCUGAUUGUCUACAUGCUCUUCAUGUUCAUCUUUGCUGUGGUGGCUGUGCAGCUCUUUAAGGGCAAAUUCUUCUACUGCACUGAUGAGUCCAAGGAAUUUGAACGUGACUGCAGGGGUGAAUAUCUGGUAUAUGAGCGAGAUAAUGACGUGAAGGCCCAAAAACGAGAAUGGAGGAAAUACGAGUUUCACUAUGACAAUGUGCUUUGGGCUUUGCUAACUCUCUUUACUGUUUCCACGGGAGAAGGCUGGCCACAGGUUCUGAAACACUCUGUUGAUGCAACAUAUGAGAACCAGGGCCCGAGUCCUGGAUACCGCAUGGAGAUGUCCAUCUUUUAUGUUGUCUACUUUGUGGUCUUCCCCUUCUUUUUUGUCAAUAUAUUUGUUGCCCUGAUCAUCAUUACCUUCCAGGAACAAGGGGACAAGAUGAUGGAGGACUACAGUUUGGAGAAGAAUGAGAGAGCCUGCAUCGACUUUGCCAUCAACGCCAGGCCUUUGACUCGCCACAUGCCACAGAAUAAGCAGACGUUCCAAUACCGCAUGUGGGAGUUUGUGGUGUCGCCACCGUUCGAGUACACCAUCAUGGCAAUGAUCGCCUCAACACCAUCGUGCUCAUGAUGAAGUACGACGGAGCUUCAGAUGUCUAUGAGAAAAUGUUAGGCAACCUGAACAUUGUGUUCACAU